AAACAACUGAUCAGAGGUCAGCGUGCGUACUCCGAUUUCACUACUAACUACUAAGAGAAGCUUCCCACCAAAACCGACUGGAAGUCAGUUUAGUGGUGAGAGGCGAGCGGUUUGUAUUUGUUGCCAAGAGAUGCGGUCCUCCAAAAAAAAGAGGCCAAAAGUAAUCAGCCAGUAUCGUUAGCUUGUGGCAGUUUGGAUGAGGAAAUACAGCCCAUAAUCAACGGAUGUCCUGCUGAAACAAACACAGAGUUGCUUCUUUUAUUUUUGUAGAAAGGCCAGAAUAUAUUCAACAAAAGGGAAAACCGAGACAAGAUGGAGAGGCUGUGUUUCCGGUUACCGGGCCACGGGGACACGACCCUGAAGCACCUGAAUGCACUGAGGUCCCGCCAGCACUUUUGCGACAUCACCAUUGUGACCAGCGACAACCUGACAUUCAGAGGACAUAAGGUGGUGCUGGCUGCCUGCUCGCCCUUCUUGAGGGACCAGUUCCUCCUCAACCCGUCCCCCAAGCUUCAGGUGUCGAUGCUGUACAGCUCCACAGUGGUGUGUGAUCUGCUUCAGUCUUGUUACACUGGCGUCCUGCAGUUUAACCCAGAGGAGAUUGUCAACUACCUGACUGCCGCCAGCUACCUUCAGAUGGAGUAUAUUGUGGAGCGCUGCCGAGGAGCACUGAAGAAGUACAUGCAUCUAAAAAACCCCAGUUCACCACAGAUGACUUCAGAGGAGAGUCAGGCUCAACUGCUGAUUGGGAGCAUUCAUCCUUGGAGCACUCCUCCCUCCCAGCGACCCUCCCCUGUGCACUCACAUAGUCCUGUAGUGCGCUCAGUGGAGGAGAACGACGACGACAUGUCUGGCCAGGGCAGCAGUCAACACCACGAUGGAAGUCCCAUGCUGGAUGAGCGAUGCAUUAAGUCUUCGUUUCUGUUGCAGGUAAAUGCAUCAAAUGAGGAAGAAGCGGCCAGACAGGAGAACUGUGAUGUGUACCGAGUGUACGUCAAUGAAGAAGAGCUGAUGAACAGGGACGCGGAGGAGAGAGGAGCCCCGUCUUAUGAACCUCAGGAUGCAUGUUACCCGGAGACAGAAGGUGUCGUGAUGGGAGGAGAAGGCAGUGAUUAUGACUUUAAUCCAAAAGAAGAGGAUCUCAGUAUGGGGGGACUUUCAGUGGAGGGGCUCUGCGCUUUCAGGCGCAGGCUACCUAACCCUAAAAUUGGCCGGGGCAGAGGGCGAGGGAGAGGCAGGGGGCGGGGUUUUAAGAGGAGGCAGUUGGUGUCCUCACAGGAAAAAAGACCCCCCGGCAUGGCAAACCACCAGGAUUUGUGGUACCUGGCGACUACAGGGAUGGGUGAGGGUUUAGGCUUGGACUACAGCCAAGAGGGGCUCAAGACGGAGAACUACAUCUCAGUUGAACACCCCAAGUUGGAACUCGGCAUAGGCGACACGCGCGGAGCAAAGGACACUUCGAUGGAUGGCAACAGUUUAAGCCAGUACGCCCUGGAGGAAUCCAGUUGCGACGCCGGCGAGGGGAGUUCUGGCCUGACGACGGUUGGAACAAACGAAGGAGGGGACGAGUCUGUCGCCGUGGUGGGAUCCACUUCAAGUGUAGCUGGGCCUGUAAUCUGCGAGCACUGCGGCAUGGCGUUCCCCUCCGUCCACUCUCUUGCCGUCCACUCGCGCGCCACUCACCUGCUGUACGCCUGUCCCUGCUGUGGCAAACACUUCCACCACUCUGCCAACCUCACCCGGCACAUGGCCGUGCACCGGGGCACCGGCAAAACCCACCAGUGCCCCUUGUGCUACAAGACUUUCACCCAGAAAUCCACACUGAUAGACCACAUGAACCUCCACAGUGGCGAGCGACCGCACCGCUGCGCGUACUGCCACGCCCGCUUUGCCCACAGGCCCGCCUUGCGGCGCCACCUGAAGGAACAACACGGAAAAACCACGGGGCAGAACUCGCUGCACGAGCAGGAGGAGAAGGAGAGAGAGGAGGCAAGUAGAAGAAUACGAGAGGAAGAGCAGGAAUGCCUGGUUACUGAACAGGAGUCAUAAGCUCCUCAGGCUCUGCAGCUCCCUGCAUCCAGUGGGGAGGUCAGUCCGAGGGGUCACACAAUCCCCAUGUGGAUCUUAAAGGGACAGUGUGUAGGAUUUAGUGGCAUCUACUGGUGUGGUUGCAGAUUGCCUUUCCACGACUGUGGUAACAUGAGGCGCAGAGUGCAACACCGCAUUAACGCAUGUUGCCUCAUCCAUUGCAUAAUAACACUACUUUAUGAGCAACGGAAGUCAGGCGGUGGCCAGUACCGCGGUUUGGCACUCUUCAGGCUCACGUUACUUGCACAUUCACAAGCAGGUCGGAGAACUACGGUGGCCUUCGGUUUAACAAAAAAAAAACACACACACGCAAAGACUUUUGCUGGAGGUUUGCCUUUCUGUGCUGCUGUAGAAACAUGGCGGCGCAACGCCGGUCCCUAUUUAGUAAUGAAGGACUCAUUCUAAGCUGAAAAAGACAAUGAUUAAGUCUCAGGGUGUUAUACACUGAUAAAAACAGUUAUAAAUAGUCUAUUUCUGCCAAUAAAACCCCCAAAAUGCUCCACACUGUACCUUUUUUAAGCAUGUGGCCUUUUAUAAUUUCAGAUUGAAAAUGGGUCCUUUUCAUAUAAAAUGUUUUCCAUUUGCAUAGAAAUACAUUCUUAGUGAAGUGAAAAUGGCCGAGACUGAUCAGUCCUCCGCCCUCUCACACAGAGACAAAAGGCCUUUUGUCACGCCAGACAUUUUUGACUUGUCAUAACACAGGUAUUACUCGUGACACUAACAAUGGCUCUGUUGUAUUAAAGCCAGCAAACACAAUACCAGGACCUGGAAACUGAAGCAGCUAAGUGGAACGGUGCUUUACAUACUGUGUGAGAUGUCAAAAUGGCCUCAGUGACAAAAGUCCUGUAGAUUUUCAUGUCUCUUGAGAACCGUUUCAUUAUUUUGACUGUAGCAUUAAACUUGAAUAUAUGUACUACACAUUCAGUGCAAUGACUGUUCAAAGAAAAGAUGAUGUAAAAACAAUAAAAGAAUGGGAAAGUCUCCUCA